AUGGCUCAGAAAACUUCCUGCACUGUCACGACUGUCUUGGUGACGGGAGAAGGGCUGUCAGCUCCUUUCACCACUGUGUUCUUGUCUUGUAUGAGUGAGAACAAGUGGCCCUCACUAUGGAAGGAGGCAUGUGUGGUCCCGAUACACAAGAAAAACUUGAGGUAUGAGCCUAGCAACUACAGACCCAUCUCCCUGCUCUCAGUGAUGGGCAAGGUGCUGGAGCAAAUAGUGACUGCUGCUGUGUACCUGAACGAGAACCACCUUCUCUCAGUGUUGCCUGGCCUGUACACCGCACAUAUCCUCCUCCACUACAAGGACUGGUGGCAAGACGCCCUGGAAGAGGCCCUGGACACUCUUGUGGUGCCCCUGGACAUUGUCUGGGCUUUUAACAAAGUCUGA